AUGUCGUCCAUCGAAAGCAGCCAUGUGAAGCACGACGCACGGGUCAAGGCCGAGCCUUGCAUCGACAACAAAGAAUCGAUGCACGCUGCGCCGGUUGAGGCCGACCCACGCAACGAGUGCAGUGAGCAGAAGCACGAUGCCCAAGUGAAUGCUGUGCCACGCGAUCCUCCCCAGGGCGCAGAGACUCAUGCGCUGGCGCGAGAUGCCACGGUCAAGAGCGAGGGAACUUCCGCGUCAACCAGUGAUGGCCUCAAGCCCGAACAGCCGACCGCUCCCGAGACAGCAGAGCCAGAGCAAGAAGGCUCCGCGCCUGUGCCAGGCGAGUAUUCGUACCUUCUUGCCUACCUCUCAAAUCAACAGACUUUGCUGAGGCUGCUUCGAGGGCAUGAAUCACCGGUGAUGCUGUCGUCCUGGGCUUGCGAAUAUCUUUCUUCGGUCCGCGGUCGCGCGGUGACGAUCGACGAAUGGUACGACCUCCUCGGCUCCGACCAUGACUUUCCCGACGAGGCGUGGCUGUGGAUCGCCCAAGUCCAGUACGAAGGCUAUGCGGGAGAUCGAGACAGCAUCCGUGAAAUCAAGGGGGACCUCAACGAGGCGAUCGACUGGUAUAAUGAUGAGCGACCCGAUAAAGCGGUCCCGCAAACGAUUCGGAAGCAGUGUAUGAGCAUCCUGGGUGGCAGACGCCGUUGGCUGUUGCGCGAACGGAGAUUCGAGACUGGCCAGGAGCGUUCAGACAGAGUCGCCGUGCGUCGCGCUCGAGAAACGGCAAGGAAGGCCGCUCGAGACCGAGAACGACAGGAGCGAUACGAAGCUAGUGAAGCGUCGAGCUCACGCAGCUGA